GCCCCCGGAAUCCGCCUUCCUUCCCCUCACCUUUUCGAAACCACCUCCUCGGCUCCUCCUCCCGAUGGCAAACGAGGGCUCCUGCCCCCCGACCUUUUCCUCCCUUGUUCUCUAGAUCGCGACGGAACCGAGCUCCCCCUCCUGCCGAAGCGAAGCGGAGUGAGCGAUCCGGCACCGCCGCGCGAUCUGAUCGGCCCCUCGGUUCCGGCGAUCGGGGCAAUGCUGCGUGGAUCGAGCUGCUGCUGCUGAUCACGGUGAGCCGGCACGCUGGGAUCCGCCCGAUUGAUGCUCUUGCAGGCUGUUUCUCGCGGUUUUCAUACUGGGCUUCUUCUGAUUGCUACGAGCUUUGGAUGAAGUUUGCACUUAUCUAUGGAAGUGGGUGACUCACACGGUGCUGUAGUUAAUAAAAGUGAAGAGAAUGACUUUGAAAAGAAAGGCGGUUCUAAUCCUGUGGUCUAUCAGCUAGUUCGGGUUGAAGGUGAUGGAACACUUGUUCCUGCUACAGAGGACGAUGUUUUGCAAUUCGAACAUUUUCUUCAUGAUGAGAAGGUUGAUCUUCCUUCUAUUGAAGAUGUAGGUCAUGUGGAAGAGUUUUUCAGCAAUGAUUGCAUCUUACUGAAGAAAUCUGACUUGGAAGAUUGCUCUUCCAAAUUGAAGACUAUAGAACUACACACACAAAAAUCGGGGGCUGACUUGGAGGAAAACAGGCUACAGUCAAUGGAUGAUUCCCUUAGUCCUCCCUCAAAGUGUUCAGUUGUUCACGUCCAGCAGCCAGAUAAAUUUCUUACAGAACAAGGAGACAACAGCAUCGCUCAACAGAACAAUGCUUCAACUGAGACUACAAAAUCGACAGUGUUAAAUGACUCUUGCAAUGCUGAAAAAGACAAGGCUGAUGCCCGCUCAAGACCUGUAGACGACACAUCUACAGAACCAUCUGUUUCUGGAGUUAAUAGUUCUGUGCCUGAUUUUUCCAUAUUACGGGGAGAAGUCCGUUUGGAUGAUCUUACUAUUAGAGAACUUCAGGAGGCAUUUAGAGCCAUAUUUGGGCGGCAGACUACUGUCAAGGACAAGAUAUGGCUCAAAAGACGGAUUACAAUGGGCUUGACCAAUUCCUGUGAUGUUCCAAGUUCAGGCUGUGUAGUUAAAGACUACAAAAUUGUUGGCAGGGAUUCAAACAAAGAUAUGCCAAACACGGGUGAAAUACCCAAGAUUGGGCUUCAAGCUACUUCUCUGGUUCGGGAUCAAGUUAUACUUCCAGGAAAUGAAGGGGACUCACCAUCUAGCUACUACUAUCAUAGUGAGGACCAACAAGGAUCUUCCAAGAGGUUCAAAAGAGCACCAAUACAUAAUGAGGAACCGCAAGUAAUCCUUGCCGAACAAAGCACUAACAAGAGAACUAGAAAGCCAACGAAAAGAUACAUAGAGGAGCUUUCGGACAUUGAAACUCAUGAUUCCACUGGAAAACUUUCUUCACCUGCAAAAAGGACUGCACGUGAUGAAGUGUUGCUGAAACCACGGGUAGUACAUUUCCAUGAGGUUGAGUCUCUGGGCACUACCUAUCCUACUAGAAAGGAUACUCUUGGAGGAUUUAGUGUACAUGUUCCUUAUGUUUCAAGGACGAGAAGAGGGCGCCCAAGGAAGGACUUCAUUUCAUUUGUGGAUAAGGAACCUUUUGUGGAACAUAAUGGGGUUCAGACAGCAGUUGGGAUGAUGUUGGCAAAAGAGUGUGAAGAGGGGAACCACGUGAGGAAAACAUCUGAAGUACCGCUAACGGUAAAUUCUGGGAGAGGACAUAUAGAGGCAGUUGAUAGGAAGAGGGUUCAGAACCUACAACCAAAUGUUUAUAAUGCUGCUUCCAAGCCCAAAAUAAAGCGAGGUUUGACACGGAAGCAUCAUCGAGCAUGGACACUGUGUGAAGUCAUGAAGCUGGUUGAUGGUGUGGCCCGGUUUGGAGCUGGCAAGUGGUCUGAGAUUAGGAAACUGUCCUUUUCCUCGUAUUCUUACCGUACUUCGGUGGAUCUCAAGGACAAAUGGCGGAACCUGAUCAGAGCGACCCAGACACAGCUUCCCGCACAAAAAGAUGGCGUCUGUCCAAGGAAGAUUAACCCUUCUAUCAUACCUAUACCACCAUCCAUUUUGUUGCGAGUGAAGGAGCUAAAUGAGCUGCAGUCGCAAGGGGGCGGCUUCACAGCGCCAGUCAAGUUCUCCAGGCAGAACGGCAAGGUUGUACAGGAAAAAGGGUCAGGUUUUUUGUGAUCCGUGCCAUGCAGAUAUACGGGAAAAGGAAGAUAAUAGUUAGAUAGCUCGCUUUUGGACGAUGGAGGAUAAGUACAUAGUAUUAUAACUUAGGCGUAGCCACGUUAUCCAUCUUCAAAAUGUUCUCAACACGCGCAAUGCACGUUUUCUCCUGUGAAAUCUGCUGGAACAUGUGUAAUAAUCUUAUUGGUGUAAGGGCAGGGCGCAGUCGCCGUAUAACAAGCACCAGUUAACGAACGUGUUCCGGCCACAAGCUUAUGUAAAA